AUGAACGCAGACACCUGCACGCGCUGCUCACUGUUGUCGAGAAUAGCUGGCGGGGCUGCCAGGGCGCAGGUCUCCCAGCGCAGGCCCACCAGCGCUCCCAGGUUGGGAUGGGGUUGGGCUUGGGGGUGCAGAAAAGCGUCGCAGCCGGAUGCCACUGUCUCGGCAGCGACUGCCGAUGACAGUGGGCGCCCAGGACCUGUUGAUCCCCUCAGGUUUCUAAGCAGCGCUGGCCAUCGGUAUGUUCUUGGUCAGAACAUGUUGCAACAGCUCUCAGAGCUGCCUGGGACAGAGAGCAUGGCAGAGCUCAUGGUCCGGGCAAAUGCACUGGCACACUGGAAGCAUCAGCUGAAGAAAGGGGUGCUCCCCAAGGUUGAUGGUAUUGAGUGGCCAGCUGAACCUUUUCGCUCACGUUUCUUGAGUGCCCUGCAGAAUAUUCAAAUGCCAACCUUCACUCGACGCUACCCUCGACUGGUGGAUGGUCUACUCACCAACAUGUUGGACCUUGUUUACGAAUUUGAGGAGAAGUUGCUGGAGCUGCAGGCUGAGCACGAGCCCCCAACACCACCGCCACCCAUGUCGCCUCAGGGAAUUUCAGGACCAGGGACUGGUGAUGAACAGCAACAGGAGCGGGGUCAGGGAGGCAGGCAAGAUGGCUCAGAGGCAGGCAGCAGGGGCCCAGAAGAAAUUACAGACGAAAUGUUGCAUGAUGCACAAGAUAAGCAACCGUCUGGCGAAGGUGCAGAUGGUGAGCUGAACAACCAACAGGAACUCGAAAUUGAAAUAACAUCGCAGGAACUUGGAGGAAGCGACUCAAAUGAUGGGGAAGGGGGUGACAUGGACAUAGAGGCUGAGCUAGCAGCAAUGGCUGAAGACCUUGUUUCCGAGUUUGAGGAGACCAUGGAGCCUGUCAUGUCGAAUCUCAACAAGCUGAAACUUGCCUUUGAUGGUUUGGAUGAUCUUUUGGAUGGCAGCAACGGGUUCAGCUUGAACCAUAGCCUGUGGCAGCGCACUGGAUGGCACGAGUUUGAGCAGCUGAGGAAGAAGCUGGAGAGGCUGAGGGAACUGCGAGAGAUAGUCCGAAGCCUGGGCCGCUCUGGCGGCCGUGGUCCAAUACGUAAGGCACCUGCACAGGCCGAGGCAUCCAGCUACCCGGCUGGAAUCGUGAGGUCUCCUCUCCAGCCGGAGGAGACGCGUGGCCUUUCCAGGUCGGACGACCUCAGCCGCAUGCUCCCUGCAGAGGCGGCCCUGAUGGCGGCCGGUUGGCCCAAACGGGAAGGCGGCGACGGCGCAGAGGCCAGGGAGGGCUCGAGGGCGGCACGCCUGCUGCACCUGGCCAGGAGGGCGGAACGCAGCCUGCUCAGCUAUGAGCGAACAGGUUGGCUGGAGGACGUGCCUGCUCGCGUGCUGCAUUGCAUGGAGCUCCGCCCCGCCGCCGAGCAGGGGCCGAUCAUUGUCUGCCUGGACACGUCCGGCUCUAUGAUUGGUGGACGUGAGACGGUGGCCAAGGCGGUGGUUUUGGAGUGCCUGAGGGGCGCCCACCGCCAGAGGCGCGCGUGCUACCUAUACGCCUUCAGCGGGCCGCAGGACGUCAAGGAGUUGGAGCUGUCGGUGACGGUGCAGUCGCUGGACGAGCUGCUCAAGUUCCUGGAGCACUCAUUCCACGGCGGCACGGAUGUCGACGAGCCGCUGAAGCUCAGCCUUGAGCGUCUUCAACUCAAGGAAUGGGCGCAGGCCGACAUAUUGAUGGUGACUGAUGGCGAAAUACCACUGCCGGACGAUUACAUCCUUAAGCAAAUUGAGAAAGCGCGGGAAGAAAUGGGCCUCGAAGUUCAUGGCCUCCUUGUGGGUGAUCGUCAUUCGCCACCAAUGGAAGCCCUGUGUUCCCACCUUCACGUCUUUCGGUCAUGGGAUGCCGUAAAAAGGCCAUUGCAAAGUCACAGAACUUGA